GGCGUUUGAAACUUCGAGAGAGCCGAAGCCAGAUUUUUCAGGCUAGCGUCGUAACACUCCAGCUAGCUGCCGGUCGGACAAAAUUCACUAUUGCUGCAUAUACCAGCCUUUGGACUCUACGCAGCAAGGUUAGGAGCGCUUCGAUACACCCCGCAGCGGUUCGUAGCAAGCAACCGCGUUAAUGGCAAUGAUGGCUCGGCGUUUAGCUCGCACUGUCCUAGCAGCCCACCUCUGCACGAGCGCGCGCGCCUGGGAGACCAUCGCCGGCCUCAAGACGCAGCGGAUGACCGUCACGCCGGCGCCCGAGGGCUCACCGACGAUUGCCAAGGGCGACACGAUCACGGUCCACGCGACGGGCGUCGUAAAAGAGACCGACAAGAAGUUCUGGAGCACGAAGGACCCGGGCCAGCAGCCCUUCACCUACAAUGCUGGGGUUGGCUCUGCAUCACCUGUGUGGAAGUCAAAGGUCGAGCGCCCCACGCCUUCGACGCGACGUCGUCCCCGUGGCCGCGUCGAGCCUCCUAACUCACGGGUUGAUUUCCACUCAGGUAAUUACGGGCUGGGACCAGGGCCUCCUCGGCGCCGCCGUCGGCGAGGUCCGCAAGCUCGACAUCCCGGCCGAAGAGGGCUACGGCAAGGGCGGCUUCCCGGCCUGGGGGAUUCCCCCGAACGGCGGCCUCUUCUUCGAGAUCGAGGUGCUCUCGAUCAAGGGCAAGUCCGCGGAGCUGUAGUGCGCGGCCUGGGCGCCGCGCACCAUACUAGUAGUGUGUAA